AUGGGAGUCGGCCGAGGUAAGGAGAUGAACAAGUUAGUUGGAGAUUUGAUAGAAGGGCAGUUGACUCGUAUUGAUUUGGAGGCCCAAGCUAGUGCGGAGUCCAAAACUCGACAAUCGGCCGUUCGUUGUCGUGAUGCAGAGUCCAUGCGCAGUAGUGCCGCUGCAGCGGAACAUGCUCGCGAGUCUAAAGUCACCAAGGAGGCAUUCUGA